GGUAAGCACUUCAUUGGGCAAGUGACGACAUACUUUUUCUAUGAUUCCGACGAAUCAUUCUACUAAAGAUUUGUGGUAUAGAUUUUGAUCUUUCGGGAAAGUAGCAGAUGUUUAUAUUCCAGAAAGGAGAGAUCGGAGAGGGCGUCGUUUUGGAUUUGUUUGGAUGUCUGAGGUUGCAGAUACCAAGGAUAUGGAAAGAAAGCUUAAUCAAAUUUGGCUGGAUUCGUAUCAUCUGAAGGUGAAAUUGGCAGAAAACAUGAAAUCCAGGAGGGAAGAGAUGUCCAGAGGACGACAGCAAAAGCAGACAACAGCACAGUGGAUCAGACGAGAUAGAAAGGUGUCUCCUGGGAUAACAUAUGCACAGAUUGUUGUUGGGAAAAUUAAGGCAUCUAAAGAAGGGGAGUCGCUGAACCAUGUAUCGGAGAAGAAAGUGGCAGGUCUAGAAACAAAGGGUGCAAUGUCAAAAGAGUUGGUAGUGAUACCAGUGUCAAUACCGGAUCAGGCUUCAACGUCAACAGCAAAUGAUGCCAAUACUUAUGUGCCGAAGGAGUUGGUUCUGCAGUUUUCUCCCAAGGAGGAUGAAGUUGCAUGGUUGAGACAAAGUAGAGUGACACUGGUUCGGUCAUUGGAUUUGGUGAUAAAAAUACAAAAUAGACUGGAUGUGGAUGGUUUAUUGGUGAAUGUUGCUCUGCUAGGGGGAAGACAUGUUUUGUUAAUGGAUAAUACGGAGGGUUACUUAGAGGAGUUUAUUGAUAAAAACAAGGAAUUGGUAGAGUCUUGGUUUGAAUGGAUACAGCCAACUUCAUUAUCUACUAUGCCAUCGAGAAAUAGGUUGGUGUGGCUUUGUUUUAAUGGUGUUACAUUGCGAGCAUGGAGUGAGAGGUGUUUCUUGGAGUUAGCAGGUUUAAUUGGUGAAGUAAUACUUGUUGAUGAUGAGACAAAAUCUAAAUCAUUUUUGUGUGAAGGUCGGGUCUUGGUAUUGUGUGAUGACACCAUGAAAAGUUCGCAGACUAUCACUCUAAUGGUGGAUGGAGAGCCUUUUCUGAUCAAGGUAUCAGAGGAGGAGUGGCGUAUGGAUCCAGACUGUGGCCUAGAGAUGGAUGGGCUGGGUAAUGUGGGCUCGAUUGGGCCAAGGGAUUGGGAGGCUGAGGAGCUGGGUGUAGAAAAUGGGUCUCGUGAGGGGCUUAGGCCUGCUGGAGCGCAACAGAAAGGAGCAGCUGUGUUGGGUAAAAAAUGUAAGAAAUUGGGGGACAUUUAUGUCGGGGAUGGGAUAGUGGAGGAAACAAGGGAGAUGGGGCUGCGGUGGGUGACGGCAAGAACCAGAUGCAGGAAGGAAAGAAAGGAAACAACAAGACAAUUGGAGCAGGGGAAGAAAGCAUAGAAAACUGAUCUUUCUUUGUCCGAUGGUUGUAUUCAAAAUCGCAACAAUCUGAUCCGGAAGCAACUGGAGUUGGAUGAGGUAAGAAAGCUGUUUGGGUUGGGGAUUCAAUGUCAAAAUAAUGAGGAAGAGGUGAUUUCAAGAUUGGCGCCAUUAGAAGGACGAGAUGAAGCCAAUUUUAGAAGGCCCUGAAGCUCGGGUGUGGAGUUUAGUUGAAAACAGUGAGUUGAGUUUUUAUCAUUAUGAAGUUUAUUUCCUUUAAUGUUAGAGGUUUGGGUAAUGGGUUGAAAAGGAGGGAAUUCUUAAGUUAGUUAAGAAGGAGAAUCCAGAUUUCUUGUUUCUUCAAGAAACUAAAUUGGAAGAGGUUGAGGAGUCUUUGUGUCGGGCAUUGUGGAACUCAGAAAAUUUUGAUUGGGUUAUGCAGAAAUCAAUGGGUAACUCAAGGGGCUUGUUGUGCAUUUGGAAUAAAGUUGUUUUAUUAAA